AUGGACGACAUAUCCCAUGGAUCGUUCACACCCCCAGCAGAUGUGACACACGCAGCGGAUGGAACGGAUGCUUUAGAGGAUGCCGCAUUGGUCGAACUGGACAGCCUCAGUCUGAAGGAAAUCCUAGAUGAGGACUCUCGGCCCACCUUCAUUAUCGACCUCGACCCAGACUUUGUGAACGAAGUCACCACGAUACGCCCGGCCUUUUCCAAUGCAGCGCUGAAGCUGCACAGCCAGCUGCUGGACAGCAUCACCGAACCCCCCGAAAAAAACAGGGACUCCGCUACAGCGACAUACGAAGAGUUUCGAAACUGGGCUACAGGCAUCAGCAGGUUUAAUAAUUCAAAAGAUGUCUUUCCCCUUACGCUCCUAUACCAAGGCUUACUCUGGACGGGAUCCACUAUUCGUCAAAGAUGGCGAAUGAUUUCUGGCAACGCCCUAUACCGCGCAUCCGAUAUACCGAAAAGUGGGCUUUGUGCUGCGCUACCAUCACGACCCACAGCGAUCAAACACGAUUCUGAAGCCGCAAAGGCGCGCAAAGCAUCAGCUCUUGUAUCCGCAGCACCGACGAAUGCGCUUUGUCUAACCUAUCAGCAAUCCGACACGGUUUCUACGAAUAUUUCUAACGCUUCCAGUAAGAUAACGGGUAAGAACUCCACAGGCAGCAGUUCGUCUGUGACAAUAUCACUGUCAGACAACGUUGUUCCUGAUUUCACAAUCGCAAAGCCCAAAGGGAUCCUUACAGAGCACGCAAUGUUAGUCCGGAGCAUUGAUUGGGCGAGCACACCCCUGGGCCCUAUGAGCACUUGGUCUUCAUCAUUACGAGAAGUCGUGAAUCUUGUGAUCCGCAAUCCCUUUCCAUGUGCAUUAUUCUGGGGCGAGGAGUUAACGGUCAUUUACAACGAAGCGUACAAGGUCGAAGUCGCCGGAAACAAGCAUCCGGAACUCAUGGGUACAGGGUUGGCGGGUCCUUUUGCCGAAGUCUGGGACAGUAUUGCACACGUUUUCCAGAAGUGCGCACUCACUGGGAGGGCAGAACGAAGAGAAAACGAGUACCUGCCAAUCAACCGGUUUGGAUACCUGGAGGAGACUUUCCUCUCUUGGUCUAUAACGCCCAUGUACGGUGGAACAGACAAGAUCUUGGGCUUUUACAACUCACCUUUCGAAACAACGCAACAGACGGUCAGCAGCCGGAGGAUGCACAUGUUGAGAUACCUUGGCGAACGAUUGAACGCAACGCGUACCGUAAAAGAGUUUUGGAAGCGUUGCUUAGAGGGACUCGAGCACAAUGUUCACGAUGUCCCUUUCGCGCUCUUGUACUCAAUCGUCGACAACGAUGAUGCGGACACGGCCUCCCAUUCUUCAGAUAGUACUAUAUCGCUGAAGUCCUGUCUUCUAGAAGGAGCCAUCGGCAUACCUGAGGGGCACCCUGCGUCACCACGAAAACUCGAUCUGAAGCGCAGUCAAGAAGGAUUCGUCCCAGCAUUCAGAGAGGCUAUGCGGACGCGUGAGCCCACAAUGUUACAGACAAGAGACGGAACAUUACCAGAAGCUUUACUUGAAGGCAUCACGUGGCGAGGGUAUGGGGACCCAUGUAGAGAGGCCAUAAUUUUUCCACUCCGACCGACGAAUGGCGAAAUGGUGUUCGCUUUCCUGCUGGUUGGUGUACAGCCUCGCAGGGCUUACGACGACGAGUACAAGGCAUUUGCGGCGAUGCUCAACAGACAAUUGGCGACGUCUCUCGCGUCUGUCAUGCUUUUCGAAGACGAAAUGAAGCGAAGUAGGAAUGCGGCAGAGCUUGCUCAAAUUCAACGUGAGCAGCUGAGCCGUGAGUUGGUGCUUCAAACCAGUCGUAUGCGUCGCAUGACCGAGCUUUCUCCUCUAGGCAUGUAUCUACUCAGUCCCGAAGGCAUGCUUCUGGAAGCCAACGAUAGAUACUUUGAAAUGACAGGGCACGCAAGAGAAGGUUCCAGGGAGUUCACGUUCAUUACCGUAAUGGCAGAAGAAAGUAUAGAGCCAUGUCGGGAGAUGUGGGAUGAACUUGUGGAGACGAAGACAGCUUGCACACGUGAGCUCAGACUUAACAACCCGCAUGUACAACCUCGAGAUCUCAGCGGAAACCCCAUUGAACACUGGGUCCUGGCAAGCUCCUCCCCUGAGUUAGGUCCUGAUGGCCAGGUCGUCAGUAUCAUGGGAUCCAUCACCGAUAUAUCACAGAUGAAGUGGGCGCAAGGCCUGCAAGAAACAAGAAUUCGGGAAGCCGAAGAGACAAAGCGGCAGCAGAACGAGUUUAUUGACAUCACGUCUCACGAGAUGCGGAAUCCUCUUUCCGCAAUUCUCAUCUGUUCGGAUGACAUUCGGGACACGCUUUCUCAACAUCCUUUCGGCCAAGCAGAUCAAGGUGUCAUCACAGACUGUAUAGAGGCGGCCAAUAACAUCGCUCUAUGCGUGCAGCAUCAGAAAUCUAUCGUUGACGACAUUCUGACAGUCUCCAAGCUCGACUCAAAUCUCUUGCUCAUUACUCCAGUACCUGCGCAACCGUUGGCGGUUGUCCAGCGCGCCAUGAGUAUGUUCAAGCCGGAGGUUCAGGCUAAAAACAUCGACUUCACAUUUCACCCAGACCGGUCUGUGGAGGACCUCAACAUCGACUGGGUUUUGCUGGACCCUAGUAGACUACUUCAGAUCACAGUUAACCUCAUCACGAACGCGAUCAAAUUUACACAGGCCGAACCACAACGGUCGAUAUCUGUGCAUGUCAGCGCAUCGUCAGCUGAACCUGACACCUAUGGAAAGGAGUUCCAGUUCGUCCCAACAAGAGGAGUACCCCUGCUCGAUAUAACGACUGGUGAUGACUGGGGUGCUGGGGACCUUAUCUACCUGCGCGUAGAGGUGCAAGACACCGGGUGCGGACUCACCCAUGACGAGAAGGAGUUGCUGUUCGAACGCUUUGCACAAGCCUCUCCACGCACUCACGCACACUACGGAGGCAGUGGACUCGGCCUCUUCAUCUCGCGUCAACUCGCUGAAUUGCACGGCGGACAAAUUGGCGUAUCAUCUCAAGCAGGCGUGGGCAGUAUUUUUGGUUUCUUCAUUCAGUGCAAGCGCACUGUCUCGUCGAGCCGACCCGUCAUGAGCCGCACGAUCACAAGCCAGUCCACCGACCACGCUGUGAGAAAUCGCGACCUUGCAGCAUCGGUAUCGGGUAUGGAUAUCAAACCGCCAACGGUAAAGGAGAUUAUGGCCGAGGCGCCGAAAACCGGUGUAACAAGAGACACAUCAAACCGAGGCCCACUUCAUAUCCUUGUGGUAGAAGACAACAUCGUCAACCAAAAAGUCCUUGCCAAGCAGCUUCGAAAAGCCGGUUGUAUCGUCUCCACCGCGGACAACGGACUCUUCGCGCUUACUGAGCUCAAGAAGACUGCAUACUAUACGCCCAACGGUAUCCCUCUUUCUGUAAUCCUAAUGGACUGGGAGAUGCCUGAAAUGAACGGACUAGAGUGUGCAAGAGAAAUUCGUCGCAUGCAGGAUGAUGGCGAGAUCAAAGGAUACGUACCGAUCAUUGCGGUGACGGCGAAUGUGAGAGGCGAGCAGAUUGCUACCGCCAGGGAGAGCGGAAUGGAUGAUGUUGUGAGUAAACCGUUCAGGGUGCCCGAGUUGCUGGUCAAGGUGAAAGACCUUUUGAAGGAUUUGGCUGCGACUGCUUCCGAAGAGGUCUAG